AUGGCACCACCUGGCCCAGAUGCCCCCGCAGAGAGCGCAAGUGCCCUCCGAGCCAGCAUCAGUAAGGCCUUCUUUGGAUUUGCCAUCCCGUCCAUCUGGGCCGUUUCAGGCACGUACGCGUUCAUCAUCGACUCGGGCUACGACUGUGGCACCAUCGACCCGAUGGGCGAUUACCUGGACGAGGACACCAUGCACGCGACGGCAGGCUGCUACGGCGGAAAGCUCUACUAUCUUGCCAGCCCCAAGGGGGAUGCGUCGACCCGCACCGAGGGAGGGUGCUUUGAUAACAAGUUCUCUGCCCCGCCGGGCAUCGACUCCCUCGAUGGGAAGGACUUUGGCGGUAUCACUGUGGGUGAUCUCAUCACGGGAUCGGUCCGCACGUACCAGCAAAACGGCAACCAGAACGGCGGCGGCGCCGCGGACCCUAGCAACAGCGGGACGCUGGAGGACCUCUACAACCAGGACAUCACGACCCCUGGCUUCAUCCGCCUACCCGUGUGCAGCGCUGACUUUGCCUUCAAGGCCUGGGACCAGCGCGGCGGGCCCUACAUCAACGUGGCCAACUAUCCAUGCAUCCCGCACCAGGCGCCCAACCACUGCCAAGACUCGACGUUCGUUGACCAGACUAGCGAUGCGUCCCCCAGCGUGUCAGACUGCAUGCAGAUCGUGGAGAACAUACAGAAUACGGAUGGCGAUUGGGAGGUUGAGAACGCGAUCGGCAUUCGGGUCGUGCGCCUUUGGGUCCAGGGACAGGGGAAGAACGGCAACGUUGACUUCAAUAUUGGUGCUCAGGACAUUGUUGAUAUCAUUACUGGUUUGGUCAGACAGUUUGGGGGUCUGGAAAGGUUGCAGUACCUCUCGAGAGGUAUAAUGGAAGAUUUCAGCUACUCAGUUGGGCUUCCCAGCCUUUGUGAAUAUCUUUCUUCAAGUCCUUUGUUGUGGUGUCAGACUGGUUCCGGUGGUCAACCAAUCAUUACUCGAUAUUCAAAUUGAGCAAAAACAGGGUUGACUAGCCGAAGAGAUCUACAGCCUUUAGUCUUUACCUAACUUUAGCCUUGGGAUAAGCGAAGGUGAAUGUUGACACGAUCCAACUGUUCCAACACGUGGUGCAACUGACCUUUUGCCAAGAGCGGAAAGGGGAGGUUGAUCUAUCCAAGGCAGCAGGAUACACGACGUCCACAUACCUAUGUUAGUGCAAUGACCAUUAUAUCGAAAGUAAGGGUCAUCACUU